AUGAAGAAAAAUUCCAAGAGGAACAAUAACUUGAGAGUUUCUGGCAUGGAAUUGAAUUCUGCAGAUUCUGAAAAGGGAAAAAUGGACAGCCAAAAUAACUUUGUUGAACGGCUACCUUUAGAAGUCACUUUUAAAAUUUUCAGUGAGCUAGACCUUCAGAGUUUGUGCAGAGCUUCCGUGACAUGCAAGAGUUGGAAUUCUGCAUUAAGAAAUUGUGACUCCUUAUGGAAACUACAUUGCUUGACUGUAAGAGCUGUGUGCCAAAGAGAAAUAGAUGAUGAUGUAGAAAAAGUUUACUCCUGGAGGGUAAUACUACUAAGAAAUUACCAGAAGAGUAAAGUGAGACAUGAGUGGCUAAGUAGCAGAUACAGUAACAUAUGUUCUCCUGUUAGCCUGCCGGAAAAUGUUAAGUGCCCAAUGGAUGCAUAUACAUGGGGUGAAAUUCUAGAAGCAGAACUGGAAAGAUAA